CCUCACAAAUGUAUCAAAUUUUGGCGCCUGAUGAGAUUUGUAUUUUGUAUUUUACAUAAUGUAUUUUAGGUAGUAUUCUUUAAUAAAAUAAAUUAUUCUUAAGAAAAGUAAGAAAUACAAAUAUUAAACUUAAGAAUGAAGAAUAUAAGAGAUUAUUUUACGAGCCCAGAAAAGUCUACAGAAUCUUCAGAAUCUAAGAAAAUUUCUAAAGAUAAAAAUGUAAACAUUGUAACAAGUAGUCAACAAUCAAACGAAGAAAAUAAUAUUGAGCAGAGUAAUGCUGGUAAAAAAGCUUGUAAAAGAAAAAAAAGGAGGAAAGUCAGCGAUCCACUUGUAAGAGAUGUUACGCAAUUAUUCUCACAUAAUUUAUCUCUAGUUUCACCAAAUAAUAGUAAUGAAGAAUUAAGCAGUACAUCUCUUUUACCGGAAUCUAAUGACACCAAUAAUUUGAUAAGUGAAGACAGUAAAAUUAUUGAUUCAAGUGAAAAAGAAAGAAUACCUAAAGAAGAGCAAUCUAUCAAUGCUUUUCAAUUUCUAAUGAAUAGUCGAAAUAAUGUGAUUGGUCAAAAUUCUAAAGGUAAAAUAAUUCCUAUGACUGCUUCUCCUACUAAAGAGAAAUGUGAAAAUCUGCUUUUGCGAAAGAAAUUGUUUAAAGAAUGGGCUGAUGAAAAGGGCGCUACGAAACGUAAAAGAGAAGAGGAGGAAGUUGAACAUUGUAUAAAUCAUAAAUUGAAAAAAAGGGCUAAAAGAUUAAAAAAUAUGUUACAAAUUACCAAUAAUUCUAAUAAUGAUAUAGAAAAUCAUCAUAGUAAGGUUUACCAAAAGAAAGUUAAAAAGAUUAGCUCAUCUGAAUCAGAAAAUAGUAAUGAUAGCAGUAUGUUAAUUACGAAUAGCAAAGUAAGCAAUUUGACUGGUAUUAAUGAAGGAAAUAUUAACAUAAACAUAAAGUGUAAAACUAUAAAUCAAAACAGUUUAACAGAUUUUGUAGACGUUGUAAAAAAAGAUGGAAAAAUUGACAUAUUUGAUGAACCUAUAGGAUGUUCAAGUUCUGGCCAAAAAAAUAUUAUUAAAAUUAAAAUGUUUACACCUGACAGUACGAAAAAGAGAAAGUCCUUAUGCUCUUCAAAGAAAACUAUAUUAGAAGAAGAAUCACAAAAAAAUUCUAAACAACAAGAUUGCAAUAAGUCACUUUCUAGUAAGGUCACUAGAAAGACUAAAUCCAAAGAAACAGUAUCUGUAACAGCUGAAAAUAUUUCUUUAAAUUCAAGUGAAAAUAAAUUUAAAAAAGGAAAACAUACAGAAAAAGAUCAACUAAAAACUGAGACCUCAGAGAGAAAAUUGAGGUCCGCUAGAUAUGCAGUGAAUUACUGUGAAUUACCAGAUAAAACUAACAGUCAAAGAAAAUCUGAUUUAGUAAAUGGAAAAAUUAAAACUUUAGUUAAGAGUACACCAAGGAAGAUUAAUUUGCAAAGACAAAAAAGGGAAUCACUUACAAAAACAAAUAAUGUAAAGGAUAUAAGGACGACUGAUUCUGAUAAUGAAAUUAAGAUAUUGUCAGAUAGCGAUUGUGAGACAUUAUCAACAAAAGUCACUAAAUUAGCUCCGGUCUUUCUAAAGGUGGUCCCAAAGCCAAAGGCAGAUCCUGAAACUGUUGAAGCACGAAAACAAUUUUUAAUGAGUGGCGUUCCUGAUUCUUUAAAAAAAGCCCCUAAAAAGGAAAUAAAUAUGUUAGAAAUUGAAUAUGAUAUUUUUCCUAGAGUAAGCCACAUCCAACAAAAAUGUGAUCAUUCAUUUUGGAGAUUAUCUAAACCAUUAUUAAAGUUAUCAGAAUACUCUGCAUUUGAUAAUUCCUAUAGAUUUAAUUGCCAAGAUCUGAUAACAAAAAAUGAUUUUCCCAAAUUAAGUUUUUCAAUCACAUCUGGCACUAAACCGAAUUUGAAAAAAAUCUUGAAUAAAAUUAAACUAGAGAAUUCAGACUAUCCUGUUUAUAAAGUAUUUAGAUACAUCAAUGAAAAAAAUAGAAAUACUCCUUUAUAUAAAUCAACAGGACAUGGAUCUUCUAAAAAAUCUAAACAGAAACUUAAAAGAAGUAGUAAAAAUAAUAUUGACCAGGACACUAAAAUAGUUUUACAGGAUGUCGAGGACAAACUAUGGACAGAGAAAUAUAAGCCAAACUCCUCAGAAGAGAUUCUAGGAAAUCACACAGGAAUUACUAGUUUAAGAAAAUGGUUAGAAAUAUGGAUGAAUUACAGUGAUGAAAUAAAUGCCAAAGCAAAAAAGAAAAAUGGUUAUAAUAGUGAAUCAGAUUUUGAAUCAACAGACUGUGACAGCAGAGAUAGCACAAGAUUACCUGGCAAUGUGGUCGUGCUUGUGGGCCCAUGUGGAAGUGGUAAAACAACUGCCGUUUUUAGUAUCGCAGCUGAAUUAGGAUUUAAUGUUUUGGAAGUUAAUGCAUCUAGCAAACGUACAGGAAAGAGGUUACUGCAAGAACUACGUGAAGCCACCCAGUCCCAUCAAGUAAGAAAGAGUUCAAAAAAUGCUUUAGCAGGCUUUGUGAAUGCUGAUAAUGAAUCAAAGUCAAAAACCAAAAAAACAAAUGGAUUAUCUAAUGAUGAAAAAGAUGAUUCAAAGAAAAUGUGUAUUCUUUUGGUAGAAGACAUUGACUUGGUUUUUGAUCAGGAUGAAGGAUUCUUAAAUUCUUUAGGUCAACUUAUAACAACAAGCAAGAGGCCAAUCAUUUUAACCACUACAGACAGCGGGCCAGAACAUGUGCAAAGGUUUUUAAGUCAGUAUGAGAGUAUUUCUUUUAUGCCACUAUACAAGGAAGUUUUGGGAGUUUGGUUGCAAAUUGUGUGCCUCGUGGAAGGGAUAUUAUUGGAUAAAAAUGAUGUGGGAAAUUUUCUGGAUUAUAAUAAUGGCGAUAUUAGAAAGACACUAUUGUCCCUUCAGUAUUGGUGUCAGUCUGGUGGUCAACUUGACAGAAAUUCUGUUUUUACUAAUAACUCAACAUUUGGAAAUGACUUAAAAAUUCAGGAUGAUGAAAUUAAUUUAGAUGCUGGCAACGAUGACGAUGAGAAUGGGUUUGUUCAUUCACAAUGUCUUGGGAGUUUUGAAAUUUUCAAACAAAAUAAACAAUUUAAAAUACCGUACUUAUUUGACCUUGGAAAAAUAUGGUGGAAUGUACCAAAUAUUUUUAAUUUUAAUCUGUAUUCAGAAAGGCUUCACAGAGAUGAACCAGACUGUGAAGAAGUUAGUAAAAAAGAGACUGCGAAUGACUCUUCAGAAACACAAAUUAAUAUACCUUUACUUUUAAAUCUGUAUGACUCAUGUGUUUUAACUGAUGAACUAUAUAACGCUGCACAUUAUUGUACUAAAGGACCCCUGGAAAAUACCUGGUAUCAUACUGUAAAAGACUCUUUAGAAUUGACUGAUAGAAAAGAAGAUAUCCAUGAAUCUGUUGACUUAAUACAUGACAUGACACACACUUUAAUAAACAGUUAUAUUGAAGAAUAUCAAGUAAGGUACAAUUCAAAUUAUGGAAUAAGUGCUGCAGUACCUACUACACUAGAAAGAAGGUGGAGAGGUAAACAGCAUGCGUGUGAAAACUUUUUAAAGCAGAUGGUGCCUUCAUGUAAUGUAUUAGAUCGUCAGGCAGUGGCUUUAGACUACUUACCGAAUUUACGACACGUGGCUCGUACAGAAGAACUGAGAUCAUCCACAAAUACAAAAAGGAGAAAUAGAUUUAGGCAUUACUUACAAGAUUUUGAUAUAGAUUUUAAUAGUAAUAGAAUAAAAUCGUGUUGUAAUGUAUUAGCAUUAAAGAAGCAAUUGUAACCUUAUUUCUUUAUACAUUUAAUUUUUAUUUAUAAUAUAUUGGUUUUUAAGAAA